UUAGUAAUUAUGAAUCAACCAGUGAUAAGAUUUUUGACAGAGAUAGUCAAUUUGAGCGAAAUUGAUAGCGGGAUGAACUAUUUGUAUCCUGAUAAUGUAUUCGCAAGUAUGGCAGAAAAUAGUUUAAAACAAGACUAUUCUUAUCUCUUCCUAAAAGAUAAAAAUCAUCAUUCCCAGGAGCAGUCGGUAAAGUAUCAAGAGAGAGCCUCCCAUCUUGAAGAAUCUAAAGGAAGUCAAACUCUCUUCACAGAGACUCUUCCAAUAUCUAGAAGUGAAGACUAUGAAAGCAUUGAGAAGGUCUUCGAAGUCACUAAAAUAGUUGAGAAAGCUAGAAGACUUCCAAUGUUUCAAAGAAAUUAUGAAGUAAUAGAGCAAAAGUCAACUACAGGAUCCUUCUCUUCUAUAUACAGCUCCAGCAACAGAAAAGAUAUAGCUUAUAAAUCAGCUUUGAGACUGCUGAAAAGGUUCUACAGGAACACUUACAAGAGCAAGACUCUAGAUAUUAGCGAAAAAGCACAUAGAACACUCUCAGUUGAACAAGUCUAGAUGAGAAUGGAAGCAGUUCUUGCCUCCUUCCUCCCUCUAGAAUCUGUAACCCAAGCCUUGGUUUAUUAUACAGUUGGAAUCACCGGUAUCAAAAGAGUCUCUGAUAUCCCUUGCAGUUUGGUCAUACUUAAAGAAAUAAAGGCUUUCCAGAGCUGAGCAAAUACAUUCUCUCGCAUGAAGUUCGAGAAGGCACUGAAUUCAGAAAAUUUGAUAACAUUAUGUGUCCAUAUGACUCAGAAAGCAAAUGACCCUAGGAUAGACAUAUUGAAGGAUGA